AUGUCUAGAUUUCACAUCGGUGUCUGUGCUACCUUGCUGGGCAUUUUCCUGGGCACAAUUGUUGAAGGUGCUCCUUUUUCAAGCGAUCCUGCAGAGGUCACCGACUUUUAUCAGUUGUUUAAUAAUCCCGAUGCACAUUUGUCUUUAACUGAUGGCCCUGACACCAUUUAUUUAAUCGAAGAGCAUGGUUACCCAGCGGAGCGCCACUAUGUUAAGACUGAAGACGACUAUAUAAUCAGCCUCUUCCGCAUUCCAUACUCUCAUAACCUGCAGAACCAGGCGGAAAAGAGACCCAUUGCCUUUAUACAGCACGGCCUCUUUGGCAGCUCUGAUGGUUGGCCAGUCUUGGGACCUGAUGAUGGUCUUCCCUUCUUGCUUUCCGAUGCUGGAUACGAUGUUUGGAUGGGCAACGCUCGAGGAAACAGGUACUCCAGGAACCACACCUCCCUCUCCACAAAACAUCCGAGCUUCUGGCGCUUCAGUUGGCACGAAAUUGGAUACUAUGACAUCGCCGCUGCCAUCGAUUACACCUUGUCAACGGAGAAUGGAGAGGGUCAGGAGGGCAUCCACUAUGUGGGUCACUCACAGGGCACCACGGUUAUGUUUGUCCUGAUGUCUUCCCGACCGGAAUAUAACAAGAAGAUCAAGACGGCCCAUAUGCUGGCUCCGGUGGCCUUUAUGGAUCACAUGGAUGACUUCAUGGUCAAUUCACUGUCCCCUUAUCUAGGGUUCCACAAUGCAUACUCCACGCUUUUCUGCUCACAGGAGUUUUUGCCACACAACGAUUUCGUUCUUGCUCUUAUGUAUAGUGUUUGUCUUCCGGGAUCGAUUGUUUCCAGCUUUUGCAGCGCCAGUGAUGAAACCACUGUUGACCAGGGGAGAACCAAUUCGACCUCAGAUGCCCUGUUAAGUGGCUUGAUGCCCGCUGGUGUCUCCACGGAUCAAAUCCUACACUACAUGCAAGAGCAUCAAUCAGCACAUUUCCGGCAGUUUGAUUUUGGAACCAAAAAGAAUCUAAAGAUAUAUGGUAACGAAAGCCCGCCCGAUUAUCCAACUGAGCUGAUUACAACUGAAAUGCACCUGUGGUAUUCGGAUAACGAUGAAAUGGCUGCUGUGGAGGAUGUCUUGAGAGUAGCGGAAACUCUGUCCAACAAGGUGAUGCACCAUAUGGAGGAUCCACUGUGGGAUCACGGAGACUUUGCUAACAAUUGGGAAGUACGUCAGUACAUCAACGAUCCAAUCAUAGCCAUCAUGAACGAGUACGAGACGAAGUGAUAAGAACAGAGUCCAACUUUAUUAAUAAUUGUAGUUCCUAACUCAUCAUAAUUUAUAAUGAAGUAAAUCCGAACAAAUCAGACCAUAUCUUAUCAUUAACGGAUGCAGUUUCGACAUCCACAAGUAGUAACACUUCAUUGCUGAACACCGUGUAUCAGAUUUGUUCUUUACUGGACACUCACUUCAUCUAUAUGCAUAUCACAUUCAUAGAUCUUAGCCGACUUUUGUAAUCAAAAAGCAAUUUCCCAAGUACAAGAAGAGGGCAUAAAAUAUAUUGCUACCCCUUGU